GAAAGCAAGAGAAGAAGAGCGAUGUGGCACAAGUGAAACAGAGAAGAAAAGUGCCAUUACGCUACGCUUUCUCUCUCGUGUGUGCAAUCGUUUCCUUUGCCUUUUCUUCUUCUUCUUCUUUCUCACAACUCAACUCAGAAGAGACAAGUUUCAUUCUUCAUCUUUGCUUUGUUUCGUUCAAACAUUCCUUUUUGCAAUCGCAUUUUUUGUUUUUGUUUGUGAAGAUAGAUGGAAAGCGCAUCGGAACUCGUGGAAUUCCCGUUGUUACUGACACCAAUUGAGUCCAACUACAGGGCUUGCACCAUUCCUUAUAGAUUCCCCUCCGAUAAUCCUCGCAAGCCCACUCCCACUGAACUCUCUUGGAUUGAUCUCUUUCUCAACUCCAUCCCCUCCUUCAAGAAGCGUGCAGAGAGUGAUACUUCUGUUCCUGAUGCUGCAAAUAAAGCUGAAAAUUUUGCUCAAAGGUAUGCUGACAUACUUGAAGAUUUGAAGAAAGAUCCUGAAAGUCAUGGUGGGCCACCUGAUUGCAUUCUUCUCUGCAGACUUCGUGAGCAAGUGCUUAGAGAAUUGGGAUUCAGAGAUAUCUUCAAAAAAGUCAAGGAUGAAGAAAAUGAGAAAGCCAUCUCCCUAUUUGAGAAUGUUGUUCAUCUUAAUGAUGCCAUUGAAGAUGAAGGCAAGCGACUUGAGAAUCUAGUUAGAGGAAUUUUUGCAGGAAACAUAUUUGAUCUCGGUUCUGCCCAGCUUGCAGAGGUUUUCUCUAAGGAUGGAAUGUCCUUUUUGGCUAGUUGUCAAAAUCUCGUCCCUCGACCUUGGGUUAUUGAUGAUCUUGACACUUUCAAAAUGAAAUGGAGCAAGAAGUCAUGGAAAAAGGUUGUCAUAUUUGUAGAUAACUCUGGUGCAGAUAUCAUUUUGGGUAUUUUACCAUUUGCAAGGGAGCUGCUUCGGAAUGGGAUGCAGGUCGUAUUGGCUGCUAAUGACUUACCUUCCAUCAAUGAUGUGACUUACUCUGAGCUAAUUGAAAUUAUAUCAAAGUUAAAGGAUCAAGAAGGAUAUCUUGUGGGUGUCAGUUCUUCAAAUCUUUUAAUUGCUAACUCUGGCAAUGAUUUACCUGUUAUUGAUCUUGCUAGAGUGUCAGAGGAACUUGCUUACCUUGCCAGCGAUGCAGAUCUUGUCAUCUUAGAAGGGAUGGGUCGUGGAAUAGAAACAAAUCUGUAUGCUCAAUUCAAAUGUGAUUCCCUUAAGAUUGGAAUGGUGAAACAUCCUGAGGUAGCACAAUUUCUUGGUGGACGUCUUUAUGACUGCGUAUUCAAAUACAAUGAAGUUUCCUCUUUACAAUAAGGAUGAUUUUUUUUCUCUAAUAAUGCUGCGUAGGUGCAAUUUUUCUAGCGUUAAUCUUUCAACUUGACACACCAUUAUAUGCCUAGAUCAAGAUACUUUAUAUACAAUGUUAAAGUAUCAACAAGAGGGAUUAAACUGAACCAUUUUACUUGUAGUAAAAAGUUAUUCUACGU